UGGCACCGAGUUGUUAGUUCCGAGUUGUUUUUUACGUGGUUAUACGAUUAACCCCGAGAAUUUUACACUUACAUUUAAAUUAAAGUUUAGAAAUACUUUUGUAAAACGUGUUUAUCUAAUCUUUGAAAUACCUAUCCAUGCGUUGUCAAUUUCUUUGAUGGUCAGAAAAACUAACCCCAAACGUACUCCAAACCACGUGAUCACAACUUUAAUGGCUGCGUCCUCGUGUCUGGCAGUUGCAUGCGUCUUGUUUUGUGAUUUAUCUAAGUAAAGAUCUGUAGCAGUCAAAGGGGAACUGUUCUUAUCUAUUUAUAGGAAAAUGAAACCAAACAGGAGCCAGAUGAAAGGUAUGCGUCCUUUCUCCAGGCCAAAGUCAGCCAAAAGGGGGAUCCAUGUGAAGGGCAGCUGGAAAGCAGUAGAGCUAGAUCCCGGCCUCUUCUCUGAAGAAGGCAUGGGGGGACUUGUCUGUUUUGAGGAGUUGACAGACUAUAGACUGAUAGAUAGUGCCAAGGAAGAAGCCAAAGCAGAAGCUAAAGCAAAAAAAUACAAAAAGAAGAGAGAAGAAAGAAAGGAAAAGAAAAAAGCUAAGAAAAGAAAAGCAAGUGAGGGUGAUAAGGAUGGAGGAAAACAGGGGGAGGUAUGUGAGGGAGAAAUGUCAGAAAUAUCAGAAAAACCAGCUAAAAAGAAGAGGAAGAAGAAUAUAAAAAAUACAUCCCAACAAAAUGACCCAACCAUACAUGAUGACAUCUCUGCAGACAGUGAAGUCACACUUGAGGUGAGUGACAAGGUCAUAAACCUUAAAAAUGGUUCAGAAAAAGUUGUUCUUGAGAAAGUCGUUUUGAUUGAGGAAAAGGGUCCUGAAGAAACUGUAUCGAAAGAUGCUCAGCUGCAUUUAAACAAUACAAAGACUGAUGGCAAAAAGAAGAAAAAUAGGAAAAAGAAAACUAAGUUAGAAAAACAGAUUGAGUCACACAAAAAACAUGUACCAGAGACAGAGCAAGAGCAACUGACUGAAAUAGCCCCUCAAAGCAAUGUUACUAAAAUCUCCAAAAAGAAAGCAAAGAAUUGGACUAAUGCAGCAAACCUAGGUUCUGACCAAAACUCAGAUGUGACGGCAUGGAAGGAUCUGUUUGUGCCUGACCAAGUGUUGAAGGCACUGAGCAGUUUGGGAUUUGGAUCACCCACGGCAAUUCAGGCUCUGGCACUGCCACCUGCCAUCAGAGACCAUUUGGACAUUGUUGGGGCAGCCGAGACAGGUAGUGGUAAGACGCUGUCAUUCGGCAUCCCCAUGAUCCAUCACAUCCUGGAGUGGAAGAAAAGAGCAGAGGAAAGUGAGGGGGCAAAAGAAGAAAAUGCUGUACUAGAAAGUAUGUACCAGUCGACAGUGGAGGAAUCUGUGGACAUCAGCACCAAGGUUGUUGGAACACCUCAAGAGACCAGUGCUACAUCUAAAGAGGCUGGCACAGUGGAAAACGCCAACCCUAAAGAGGAACCUAAAGAUGCUUAUGAUGACGAGGAAACAAGUGAGGUGGAGGAAGAGAUCUCUCACGAUGGUGAGAGUGACUCUGGAAAGAUUGGGUGCAUCAAAGUAAUUGAAGAUAUGGAGUUUGAGUUUGACAACACAGCAGAAGAACAAAUGACCUUCAAUAUCAGUGAAAAAAAGCCUUUGUUAGGAUUGGUCCUCUGCCCAACCAGGGAGCUGGCUGUACAGGUGAAACAUCACAUUGAUGCUGUAGCCAAGUUUACUGGUAUAAAAACGGCGAUUGUGGUCGGUGGAAUGGCCCAGCAAAAACAGAUUAGAAUGCUGAAGCGCAGACCUGAAAUCGUCAUUGCCACUCCAGGGCGCCUGUGGGAGAUGAUCAAAGAGAGGCAUCCCCAUCUAGUGAACUUGAGGCAGCUUAGGUGCCUAGUAAUUGAUGAAGCAGACCGUAUGGUGGAAAGAGGACAUUUCGCUGAGCUGGAAAGUCUUCUGGAAAUUCUGAACAAUGUCCAGUUCAACCCAAAACGGCAGACAUUUGUGUUCUCUGCCACCCUGACCAUGGCUCACAGUUUGCCCACCCGUGUCCUGCGAAAGAAGGGCAAGAAGUUGGACCAGAGGAGCAAGCUUGAGCUCCUUAUGGAGAAAGUGGGGAUUAGGUCCAAGCCUAAAGUAAUUGAUCUGACCCGGAAAGAGGCUACUGUUGAGACUCUGACUGAGACAAGGAUACAUUGUGAUAAGGAAGAGAAAGAUUUCUUUCUGUACUACUUCCUCCUUCAGUAUCCAGGUCGGACUAUGGUGUUUGCCAACAGUAUUGACUGCAUCAAGCGGCUUAACUCUUUGCUAGUUAUCCUGGAUCGCACUCCUCUGCCACUGCAUGCUAACAUGCACCAGAAGCAACGACUAAAGAACCUGGAGAGGUUUGCAGAGAGGGAGAGCUGUGUGCUCCUGACAACUGAUGUUGCGGCAAGAGGACUUGAUAUUCCUAAUGUUCAACAUGUAAUUCAUUACCAGGUUCCCAGGACAACAGAGACAUAUGUCCACCGCAGUGGUAGGACGGCACGAGCCGCAAAAGAGGGUCUCAGUUUGCUCCUGAUUGGGCCGGAUGACAUGAUAAACUUCAGGAAAAUCUAUAGAGCUCUGGGAAAGGAUGAGGAAGUUCCCGUAUUUCCUGUGCAGAGCAACUGCAUGGCUGCCAUCAAGGAGCGAGUCAACCUUGCCAGGGCUAUUGAGAAGAUUGAGUACCACAACAGCAGAGAGAAGCAGCACAACUCCUGGUUUAAGCAAGCAGCAGAAGCCAUGGAGGUGGAUCUGGAUGAUGAUGUUUUGCUUGGGGGGAGAAAGGACGAGGAGGACGACAGGCAACAGCAGAAGAUUGUGAAGGGCAUGAAGAAGCAACUGAAACUCCUGAUUUCUCAGCCUGUAUUCAAGAAUGUGAUGAAGACAAAGUAUCCCACACAGAUGGGUAAGCUCUCCCUAUCCAACAUGCCCCAAUAUGGUUUGGAAACAGCCCUGGCCAGUGUCUCCAAUCAGACAACAACACAGAAAAAACCACAGAAACUGAAGAAAAACAAGCUGAAGCUGUAGUAUAUUAAAAAUGACUGGUCUUAAUUACAAUGGCUGAGACUGAAUUUAUAUAAAUGGAAAUACAGUGCAAUUAUGGAACUUUCACAUUAAAAUAAUUUUUAAGUUAUCA